CACGAUGAAGUGCAAAACUAAUUUUGAGUUGGCAAGAGCUGGUUGGUAGACCGCGGGCUGUUUGCUUUCAGUCAGUCUUUGAAAGAUCAAUAUCAUGUUGUAGAGUGCAUUUGAUUUUAAUUCCAAAUUAUAUUGUUCAAAAAUGAGUCGAUCCAAGGGACAACUGGGCGAUAUUUGUCUCGAGGCUCAACGACGGAAACACCGAGUUCUUUAUGAUAACUUUAUAAAGCUCCUGACCGGAAGCCGCAGCCAAAUGCCCAGGAAACCGGACAGCCGCCAUCUCCUGGCAAGCGAAUCAGAAAACAGCAAAGUCUUGGAUGGCGAGGGAUCCGACUUACGGACCUGCAAGUCGCAUUUUAUUCGCCUACCUGCCGGUGGAUCGGAUUGCAGCUGCGCAACCAGUACAGAUGGUCGCGAGGACAAGAAGCAGCCCUGCAACACAACCAAAACCAUUGCCAGCCAAACGAUUACCAAACAGCUUGCUGCACCGAGUGAAGAUAAUACAGAGGACAACAUGAACUCUUCCGUGGCUACCAUCGUUCAGACCCAGCCGAUACUCAAGUAUUUCGCAGCUUGCCCUUGUGGCUGCGCAUUGAGCGAAGAUGCCAACGAUAAGCCGCAACCUGACAAUGUUUUCUCCAAUAUAAGCCCACCCAUUGCUAGGCAGGACGCCAUCAUCCAAACGCAGCCAACCCCGAACAAGUUUGCAGAAUUUCCAUGCGGCUGCACAUCGAGCAUAGAAGGUCGAAUCCCUACAGCAUUCCCAGCACCCCCCAAUGUACAGAUUGAUGAAGCAAUACAGUGCGAUGAAGUGAUGGCUGAUCAGAAUUCACAGUCGAAGUCAAAUACCGAUUUUGAGUCCGAAAACGUAGAAAGUGUUAAAAAUAGUCCCAAAGACUCAUCCACACCAACUAACUUGGGAAAGCCAAACGCUUCUGUUAACCAAACUGAAACCGUUGCACCACGCGAGAGCGAGACUCCAAGGGAUGUGGCCGUGAAGCCCAUGCAAAAAGAUACUCUUAAAGAAAAUGAUCAUCGAAAGACACAAAAAAGUCCUAGAAAACGUUUUUGGAAGCGUCCAACAAUUGUGGUUCGUUCGAGUAUUGAGUUGGCCACAAAUCAAAACAAGCAGGAGGGCAAAGACCAAGCAGAGAAAAUGAUCAUGUCCAGAGACUCACUGGAGAUAUUCCACAAAGCGACACAAUACGAAGACUCAUCCUCACUUCUGCAGCAGGAAAAUAAUGAUCUACAGAUUUCCAUAGAUGACAAUGACCAGACAGGCCAGUUAGCUCCUAGCCGAAAAUUCCACAAAGAGACACAGUAUGCGGAUUCAUCAGAAUCAAUCAGAAAGAUUGAGCAAAAUGUAGAGAACUGUGCCAAAUGCGCUCGCGUUCCUGAAUUACUUCAAAAGAUAUUCGACAUGGAGCAGAAGAUGAACCAACAGGAGUGUUCCCUUAGACAACUGAAAUGCUCCGUGAGAUCACUGAAAGGUCAGUCCAAUACUGAUCAAUCUACCCAAUGGGAAUAUGAGAUAAAUGAAAGUGCUAGGCCAUCUAGUUCUGGUGCAAAAUCUACGAUUCAGAGCUCCGGCAAAAAAUCGAUUCCCACAGAGCCCCGACAGAAUUUGAAUGAUGAGGCGUGCGAGUCCUUGAUAGAGCAAUUUAUGCAUAUUUUCAUAAAACCCAACAAAGAUUGCCCUUGUUCGCUGCAAGAAAUGCACAAGAGAAGCGCUGAAGACACACCUGCAACAUCGACAAUGCCUCUAGAGGGAAGCAAAGUCGAAGCUCGCGCCAGCUCCACUCAGUCGGAAGACAGUCAAGGGGCAGAAGGUUUGAUAGACGAAUCCCAGAGCAUUGAAUCAACACAAACUUUAGGACAACAUUCCCUGGAAAGUCGUGGGUCAAGCUUGUGCCAGUUCUGUAGCGAUAGAGAUCUUCCCGUGCUAGACCAUGUGGUCACCGAGGCAUUUGAUCUAAUUGGCGGUCGACCCCUUGAUCGAAUUGUAAUGACUGUACUUCUACGGGAGGACAAUCUCUACCAUGUGAACAUCCGCGAGCUGGGCACCGGCUUUGUUGUAGGCUGCCUGCUGGGAAACGAUGCGGCUAUUGAGGAAGCCAUCAGUCUGGGCCUGUUUGAGCAAAUCCUUACAUUUUGUGUGACAGAUGUGCGUAGCACGAUUAAGCCAAAGGAUGGCCCUUUUGCCAUACACUUUGAGCUCAUGGAAAAACGCGAGAACGGAGGCGGCUUUGAUAAGGAGACAGUCGAAACUGAGAAAGUCCAGAAAUUUGCAACUCAAGUGCUGGGUCUCAAUAUUGGAUAUGUUAGUCUUCUUUUCUCUCUAACUAAUGCCAUCAAAAUGGACAAGCAAACGUCUGAUUGCAACUUACGGCUGCCUUUUGGUUUCCCAGCUCACGUGAACAAAGACCCACUAGAGUUGUUCAGUUCUAGAUUGAUUUUAAUUGACAAUUUGGAGAGUUAUUCAACUCGUAGUUGCACAGGCUCAGAAGGGAGAGAUAGUUUAGGCUCGUCAUCGAGUCUGUUUCUGCGCAUUGUGACUGGUAGGGCGGAUCGCGAAGAACAUUAAUUUGGAAAUUAUAUCGGACCCACGGUCGAUGGAAUAGGAAGGCUGCCAUUGGGAAAAGCU